AUGGAUGAUUUUGAUCGGUACCACUGCAUUUUCCAGAGAUAUUCAUCGAAUAACGAUUCAUGUGCAUCAUCAUCACUGGCGACAGCUAGAGCAUUUGCAUCAACAAUAUCACCAUCAUCAUCAACAGCAAAAGCAGCAACGUCUGAGAUUGGAAUUAUUGAGGUUGCGAAAGAGGGCGAAAAAGCGGAUCCAUCGCAAUUCAAGCUUUUAUCUACGAUUGGUCAGGUAAAACGCGCAUUUCUGUGCUAA